AUGCAGAUCGAUCCGGCGGCCCUAAGUCGCAAUGACUCCGCCUCCAAUGCCAUUAAAGGCACAGCGCCAAAUGGCUCGGCAUCAUUAAAGAGCUCCAGAGCGCUGAUAUCAGUGCCGCGCCUGGAGCUGGAGCCUGUGUACACGGACUUGAAGGCCGCCAUCGGAGACAAGUGGGCCGAGUACAAGGAAGCCACAGCUCUUUUCUUGCUAGGACAAUACAACCAGAACGAAUACGCGUCGCGCGUCGACUAUUUCCUAUUCGCCGACCCUAAAAAUGAACACCUCCAUAACAAUUUCGUUUGCGCGCUCAUCGGAAAUCUCACACGAGACCUCCCUGACCAUGGCGUCGCAAACUGGGUCUCAGCCAACGAUAAACCAUCAACAGUCUCGAAACCCGUCUCCGGAGAUGCUGCAGAACAACGGUUGAAAACCGAGGUUAUGCAGUUGCCUCCGAGGGACCGCCGGCGCAUAAAGGGAAUCCCAGAGCGAGAUCCCAACGAGACAAGAAUUACGGAGCUAGAGGAAAGUCACCUAGCGAAGCAAAUCAAAUUACCCAGCCAGGUCCCCGCAAGUGCAGGAGGGCUCAACAAAACUAAUUGGGAACUGGAAAUUCGUAAGCGUUAUGCCCAACCCCUCGCUGCGGAAACCGGUGAAUUCCCCGACUCGGAAUCGAUUCAUGCCCGCAUGGUUCCUAUAUGUUACGAGGAGUCUCUGCCUGGUGGUGCAGGUCUUCCUUGUGCCGAGUUCAUGGCAAUUGCGACGGAAACCUUUGUCAAAGAAGUACUGUCUGCCGUAUUCUCGCGCACCCGAUCAAACGGUCCAUCGGGUACGAUCAACAACAUGAUGAUGCGGAAGUAUCGACAACAGCUCGAAAUAGAGGAGCUUGCCUAUACUCGAGGUGAAAUCGUCAAGGACGCUGCCACGGGUUUACUCCCUGUUGAAGCCAGGGAAGCUAGCAUGCGACAACCGCUGGGCGUGCGAGAUCUCCGCCUUACCCUGGAAUUGGGCGGUGGUGUCCUCGGUCACAUGCCACUGAUCGUGGACCAGAUCAUGGGCGGAUACUUUGAAGAUGAGUUAGAAACCGAAAGGCAAGAUCGCCCAGAGAAGGGCAUCAGCGAGCCCCACGAGCACAUCAAACAGGCCGAAGAUGAGAUGGACCUGGAUGAAGAUGAAGACGGCUCUCUGCUAGACUGGGAGGGAGGCACUCUGGGUGAUCGAGAUCAAUUGAGCGGAUUGCUUGAUGAGUGUUUGUCCAUGGCCGCGUGA